AUGGUGGAAGACAGGGUUCGAUUGGUCUCAAGGCCUUGCAUGAAUCACCGGCUGGAAAAAAUUGAGGUUCAGCAAGGGAAGCGACCUUUAGAAAUAGUCGGAGAGAAAGAUGUGGUUGUCAGAAAGGUGUCUAAGAAUUCGGGAAUCUUUGUAGAUACAUCUUUAUCACUUGGUGGGUUUUUAAUGUCCGCUUCUGACCAAUCCAGUAACAAGCGGCAUACAGGAGAAAAUUCUGAUUCGAGUUCUUUGAUUCCUGCUAUUGGUCGUGACAACUCUAUUAGUUGUCUCAUUCGGUCCUCAAGAGCUGAUUAUGGAGCCAUUGCAUCUUUAAACAGUAGUUUCCGUUCGCUCAUUAGAAGUGGCAAGCUCUAUAGAUGGAGGAGGGAAAAUGGCGUGGUUGAGCACUGGGUUUACUUUUGCUGUCGGCUUCUCGAAUGGGAAGCAUUUGACCCGAGUUGUCGCCGUUGGAUGCAUUUACCAACAAUGAAUCCUAAUGACUGUUUCGUGUUUGCGGAUAAGGAAUCUUUGGCUGUUGGUACUGAGCUUCUUGUUUUCGGACGGGAUCUCAUGUCUCAUAUCACUUACCGGUAUAGUUUGCUGACCAACACGUGGUCAUCAGGAUUAAAUAUGAAUGAGCCUAGGUGUUUGUUUGGAUCUGCCAGCCUCGGGGAGAUCGCAAUAUUAGCUGGUGGUUGCAACUCGCGUGGCACUAUCCUCAGUUCUGCAGAGCUCUAUAAUUCUGAGUUGGGAAUUUGGAAGCCACUCCCAAGCAUGAACAAACCAAGGAAGAUGUGUUCCGGGGUGUUCAUGGAUGGAAAGUUUUACGUGAUUGGAGGAAUUGGAGGAACCGAGUCAAAGCUUCUUUCUUGUGGGGAGGAAUAUAAUUUGGAAACCGAAACUUGGACUGAAAUACCUAACAUGUCCCCAGUGCGAACUGACGUGGCUAGGGAAUUCAGUCUAUCUGCUUCUUCCGAAGCACCGCCAUUGAUUGCUGUUGUAAAUAAUCAAUUGUAUGCCGCUGAUUAUGCUGACAUGUCACUGAGAAAAUAUGACAAGAAUAACAAAGUGUGGACUACCGUAGGAAGAUUGCCUGAACGAGCUGAUUCUAUGAAUGGUUGGGGUUUGGCAUUUAGGGCAUGUGGCGAUAAGCUUAUUGUCAUUGGGGGGCCUCGGACUGUCGGUCAAGGAUAUAUUGAAGUCAAUUCGUGGGUUCCGAGUGAUGGUCCGCCACAAUGGGUUUUGCUCGGCAGAAAGCAAUCUGGCAGUUUUGUUUACAAUUGUGCUGUGAUGGGAUGCUGA